AUGGCAAUUUCGUCUUCUUGUUCAUCCGUCAAAGCCGUUAACUCACGGUGGACUACUCCAUCUCCGUCACCAGUAUCAAAACUCGCCGUCUUCCAUCGUCACUCUCUGUUACCAAACCUCCGUUACACACCAAACGUCAAACUAACGGUGACUAACGCCUCGAGAACCGUCGAACAAACGACGUUAACGGAGGAUCACAAAUUCUCCACCGUCGGAUCUGAUCAAGACGAUCCAUCGCCGUUUCCAAAGCCGAAGAUCCUCGUCGCCGAGAAACUUGGAGAAGCCGGAGUGAAUCUCCUCCGAGAAUUCGGCGACGUAGACUGCUCUUACGAGCUCUCGCCGGAGGAUCUGAAGAAGAAAGUGUCGGAGAGUGACGCUUUGAUCGUGAGAAGCGGAACGAAAGUGACGAGAGAAGUGUUUGAGGCGGCGCAGGGGAAGUUGAAAGUGGUCGGAAGAGCCGGAGUUGGGAUUGAUAACGUGGAUCUGCAGGCGGCGACGGAGUACGGUUGUUUGGUGGUUAAUGCUCCGACGGCGAAUACGGUGGCUGCCGCCGAACAUGGGAUUGCUUUGCUUACUUCUAUGGCACGUAACGUCGCUCAGGCCGACGCUUCCAUCAAAGCCGGAAAAUGGGAGAGGAGCAAAUACGUCGGUGUAUCUCUCGUCGGAAAAACUCUGGCGGUGAUGGGAUUCGGGAAAGUCGGUACGGAGGUGGCGAGGCGAGCCAAAGGUCUCGGCAUGAACGUUAUCUCCCACGAUCCUUACGCACCAGCUGAUAGAGCCAGAGCUCUCGGCGUCGAUCUGGUUUCUUUCGAUCAAGCUAUUGCUACCGCCGAAUUCGUUUCUCUACACAUGCCGCUAACUCCGGCGACGAAGAAGGUAUUCAACGACGAUACCUUCUCCAAGAUGAAGAAAGGCGUUCGUCUCAUCAAUGUCGCUAGAGGCGGUGUCAUCGAUGAGGAUGCGCUCGUUAGGGCUCUCGAUUCCGGAAUCGUCGCUCAGGCAGCAUUGGAUGUGUUCUGCGAGGAACCACCAUCGAAAGACAGCAAAUUGAUUCAACAUGAAAAUGUCACAGUAACACCUCAUCUCGGAGCUAGCACAAAAGAAGCACAGGAAGGUGUAGCAAUCGAGAUAGCAGAGGCAGUGGCAGGGGCGUUGAAAGGCGAACUAUCAGCUACUGCAGUGAAUGCUCCAAUGGUUGCUCCUGAGGUUUUAUCUGAAUUGGCUCCUUACAUUGUCUUAGCUGAGAAGCUUGGUAGGUUAGCUGUGCAGUUAGCAUCUGGAGGUAAGGGAGUACAGUCCAUCAAGGUCGUGUAUCGCUCAGCCCGUGAUCGAGAUGAUUUGGACACUAGACUACUCCGUGCAAUGAUCACAAAGGGAAUCAUUGAACCGAUCUCAGAUUCAUAUGUCAACCUGGUCAAUGCUGAUUUCAUAGCUAAGCAAAAGGGUCUUCGUAUCAGCGAGGAACGGAUGGUGGUUGAGUCAUCACCAGAGUACCCUAUUGAUUCGAUCCAAGUUCAGAUUUCGAAUGUGGAAUCGAAUUUCGCUGGUGCGGUCUCUGAUUGCGGAGCUAUAAGUAUUGAAGGGAGGGUGAAAUACGGAGUUCCGCAUUUAACAUGUGUUGGAUCAUUUUCUGUGGAUGUAAGCCUUGAAGGGAAUCUGAUACUUUGCAGGCAAGUGGAUCAACCAGGGAUGAUUGGACAAGUUGGUAACAUACUCGGAAAGCAAAACGUGAAUGUGAAUUUCAUGAGUGUUGGAAGAAAAGUUGUGAGGAAACAAGCGAUAAUGGCGAUAGGAGUCGAUGAAGAACCAGACAAGAAAACACUUGAGAGGAUUGGUGGAGUCUCUGCGAUUGAAGAGUUUGUGUUUCUGAAACUAUAA